AUGGUAGCUAGGGGGAAUGCACAUAUUCUUCUCAUUGCAAGAAGUUUUCAUUCUUGCGGCCCUUGCUUCAGAGUGACCACGAGAGGCAAACGACAGCAAAGUAAGAAGAGGCAGCAAGCAAAAGCACAGUUUGAUUAUACACAACUACUAGAUAAUGAACAAGUGAUCGAAAGCGGAGCAAAUGGUUCAGUUGGAACAGAGAAGGAUAUAGAAUCGAUAAAUAAAGAUUUUUUACAGCGAACAAAAGGAUUGGAGCCUGAUAUUGAAUUAAAACAACUCUCUCAGAUCAAAGAGGAAUUCUAUCAACGUUAUAAAGAUAGAUACAUUAAACCCUCCGAAGCAUGGUACACUAAUACCUGGCGGUCUUUAACGAAACCAAAAAUUUCCUUCCACAAGUUAAUAAAUUCAGAUGUGCAACUAGAUACAAAGUUAAAGGACUUAGACCCAAUGGAAUUUCAACCCGCUCAAUUAAUGGAAAACCCUCUGAACGUUGGUGAUUUGGUUCUUUUGAAAGUCAAACCAAACGAAUUAGCAAUGUGUGUGAGUCUUCCCAGUAGUACUAUGGAUCCACGGUAUACCUUUGUUGCUAUUGACGGAACCAUGUGUUUUGCAACAAAAAAUCGAGUGUUAUUGAGGAUCCCUCAUAAACUACCUGUUGGAGUCAAUUCUUUAAUACAACCCGAGGGUCAUCACAAACAUUUGCCUAUCGGAACUUUAAAGAACAUUUCUAACCAAACGAAUAUUUUGCCGAUCGUGACAAGACAGUUAAUAACUAGUAGGUAUCCUGCACAAAUCUCAAAAUUAGCUUGGAAAUGUUUGCCAAUUACUACAAAAAAGCUGCAGCUUCUUCACAGAUCAUUACAAAAUUAUAUGGGACCGUGGCAAAUCCCUUUUUUCACCUUAGUCGGGUUGGUCCAGAAAUUGGAUUUGAAUAAAGCUUUGGACGGUAAAUAUGGAAUAGAUUAUUUAACAGAUUUAGUGAAUAAUUAUCACACUGCAGACAAUGUGGCAAUAAAUUCGCCUACCUUUGUUUCCACGUACUGGGCUAUUUUACAACAACAAGAAUCUAAUCUUUGGGGAGAAAUACAUCUGAACACAGCCCUGCUGUCACCUAUAUCGGUAACGAUUGUCCCUUUAAAAUCACAACAUUUAUACUACGCACAGGUAAUAGAGAAACUAGAAGCUAAUAGUUACAAGGAAGUUAAUACGUUUGUGAAGCUGGUAAACGAAAGGAAGUAUCGAGAUAUUUCAAAUUUAUAUCCUUCUGUAAUCCAACUGUUGAAAGAUUUUGCGGCUGGUAACUUUCACAAUAAUGGGAUUAUAGUAACUCUGAUCUCCAAAAUAUUUAGAAAGAUAGUACGCUACAAGGAUUAUGAUAUUACAAGAGAUGUAUGUCAGGAUUUGAUCAAUGAGAUUGUACCAAAUUCAUUAUCUAAUCCAUUACUACUGAAUAUGGAUCUAGCAUUGCCUUCUUCCUCGAAAUUGAUGGAAUCGCAACAAAAACUAUAUUAUUUAACUAAUAUAGAAGAUUUACAAAGGGAGAACUCCGGUAAUGAUAGUGAUAGAUAUGACUUUGGUGAUCUUAGGGUUUUUUGUAUAGAUUCAGAUACUGCACAUGAGAUUGAUGAUGGUGUUUCAGUAGAAAAUCACGGUAAGGAUGGAAUGUACACUCUACAUAUUCAUAUUGCAGAUCCAACAUCUAUGUUCCCAGAAAGUACUGCUAUUGAUUCUGUGGGUAUUAGCACGGAUAUUCUGAAUAUUGCUUUCAAGAGGUCCUUUACCACCUAUUUACCAGAUGUAGUUGUUCCCAUGCUUCCUCAAGCUAUUUGUCAUCUUUCUGACUUGGGAAAACAUGGAAAAAGGACAAAAACAAUAUCCUUCUCUGUCGACGUAAAAGUUGGUUAUCAAGGAUGUGGGAAAUCUCUUGAAAUUAUGUAUGACAGUUUUAGAAUCCGGAAAGGCUUUGUGUCGAAUUUUCCCAAAGCAACUUACGAUGAUGUCGAUAAGAUUCUUAGUGCACCCGAUAAUGAAUCAUCUCCUGUGAAAGCAGAUUUGGAAAGCUUAUCCAUGAUUUCCAAAUUAUUGAGAGAGCAACGUAUAAAGAAAAAUAAUGCUGUUAUUUUUGGGGAAGGUUUCAACAAAGGUAUGGUGACGUUAAACGCUAAUGCAGAAGGUGAAUUGACUGAGGUAUCGUUUUCAAACCAAGAGGAAACACCGUCUACCGUCUUGGUCUCAGAAAUGAUGAUCUUGGCCAAUACCUUAACGGGUAGAUAUUUCGCAGAGAACAAUAUCGGUGGUGUGUUUAGAUGUUAUAAACAGCUACCGUUGGAUCUGAUAGCACAACAGCAAUAUGAUUCUAUGAUAACAGGUACGAAAAAAGGACUCUUUCCAAAGUUGAGAGAUAUUGUUAAGCUUUCAUCACUGUUGAAUUCGAGUUUCUAUACCGGUCGGCCCUUUAGGCACGAAAUGAUUGGGGCUAAGCAGUAUUUGACUGUAACAUCACCCCUUCGUCGCUUUCCAGACUUGAUAAAUCAUCUACAGAUUCAUCGUCAUUUGCAGAAAAAGCCGCUAUGUUUUACACAAACUCAAAUUGAUAGUCUAAUCUGGUCCAUCCAAUCUCGAGCAGAUAUAUUGAAAAGGGCUAGUCGUGAUUCAUCAACAUACUGGACAUUAAAUUAUUUAAAGAAGCUAGCGAAGUCAGAUCCAGGAAGGACAUAUGAUGUAAUGAUAACAUCAGUGCCACAAAACGGAUUUGCUGGUUGCGUUUUUCCAAGCUUGUCAUUUGCUAGAGGAACAUUGAAAUUGCAACCAAAAGCUAAGUAUUAUCCAAUGAUUGGAGAUAUUGUGAAAGAUUGUAAAAUUUCCAAGAUAGAUUGUCUAGAGGGAAUGUUAGAGCUGGAAAAGCUAUAA